GCCAUUCAAUCCGUUUUUAGAUGUCAUCGGUAGUUAAACUGGAAGCCCUUUCCGGAGUCAAAGACGAAGGACCUCUUUGUUACUUGUUACAGAUUGAAGAAACGUUUUUAUUGUUGGAUUGCGGUUGGGAUGACAAAUUUGAUAUGGGUUACAUAGAAUCUAUAAAAUCGAGAGUACCACAGAUAAGUGCAGUGCUCAUCACACACCCUGAUCAGCCACAUUUGGGAGCUUUACCCUACCUCGUGAAAUAUUGUGAUCUCACCGCACCGGUUUAUUGCACGGUGCCCGUAUACAAAAUGGGUAUGAUGUUCAUGUAUGAUUGGAUAAACAGCUUAAUGACUGUCGAGAACUUCGAGCUCUUCACUCUCGAUGAUGUAGAUGUGGCAUUCGAUAGAAUGCAGAAGCUGAAGUUCAAUCAAACAGUUCCUUUGCGAGGCGAUAGUCAAAUCAAAAUCACUGCUUUACCAGCAGGUCAUAUGAUAGGAGGCGCUAUGUGGAGGAUAACGCGACAUGAUGAAGAAGACAUCAUAUAUGCUGUUGACUAUAAUCACAAAAAGGAACGUCAUCUCAAUGGAUGUUCUUUUGAUACCAUUCUAAGGCCGUACUUGCUGAUCACCGACUCUCUGAAUGCAAUGUAUACGCAGCCAAGGCGGAAAGAAAGGGAUGAGCAGUUGGUGACAACCAUUUUGAAAACAGUCCGGCAAAAUGGAGAUUGUGUUAUCGUAAUUGACACCGCAGGACGUGUGUUAGAAAUUGCGCAUCUUCUUGACCAGCUGUGGGCGAAUACACAGUCUGGCCUCCAGAAAUACAACUUGGUUAUGAUGAGCCAUGUAGCUGCUUCGGUCGUAGAGUUUGCCAAGUCACAAGUGGAGUGGAUGUCUGAUAAAGUCCUGAAGAGUUUCGAAACCGGCCACACUAAUCCCUUUUUGCUGAAGAAUGUAAAACUAUGUCAUUCACAGCUUGACUUGGCUAGAGUGCGUUCUCCGAAGGUGGUUUUGAGCAGUGGAUUGGACAUGGAAUGCGGAUAUUCGCGAGAACUGUUCCUUGACUGGUGUGGUGAUAGCAGAAACUCCUUCAUUAUCACAGGCAGAUCAAGUGAGCGAACACUAUGUUCUAAGCUGAUUUAUAUGGCUGAAUGCUUGGCAAAUAAUUCGCGAACUAACAGAAUCGUUGCGCUCGAGGUGAAGAAGAGGGUCCGAUUGGAAGGCGCAGAACUUGAAGCCUACAAGAAGAAAAAGGCUCAAAAAGACAAAGAGGAAGCUAGACGAAGGUUGGAACAGCAGGAGAGACGCCAAGCUGAGCUUCGUGGUUACGAUUCUGAUGACGACGAUGAAAUGAUUGCUAGCGCUUUGGCUGCUGUAGAAACAUUGCGUACCAAGAAGACAAAAGAAGAAGAAGCGGCGGCUGCAGCAGCCAGGGGUGAAAAACCACCGAAGGCUGCCAUUCCGAUGGUGAUAGAUGUAGAACCAAAAGAGGAACCAGUUGAACACAUGGAGACGAAUGGAGAUGCUGAAGCUUGCGUAAUUCCUGGCCUGACUAUGGCUACGCUAAAAGUGCGCGAGGAGGGCUUGAAUGAGGCACCUGCUUUCAUCCCAACAGGUCCAACAUUUCCAACGAGGAAGCGGCGGCCAGUCAGGCAUAAUAUUACCAUGCAAGCUAUGAUGCGUUACAGGGUACCCUUCUUCAAGAGGUUCAUGCCAAUUAUGCUUCCAAUGUAUCCGUUAUUGGAGGAAAAAGUCAAGUGGGAUGUCUAUGGAGAAAAGUAUCGCCCCGAAGAUUAUACCGUCUCUAAGCUACGAGUACACCUUCCAGUACCUCAAGAGAUUAUCAAAGAAGCGGACGACCCUACCGCUAACAUGGCUGUACCCUUGGUAGAUGAUGCGCCAACUAAAUGCAUCACUGUGAUAGAGAAAAUCGAGGUUUCCUGUAAUGUGGAAUACAUAGAAUUCGAAGGAAGAUCCGAUGGAGAGUCAGUGAAGAAACUAAUUGCACAAAUAAAGCCUAAACAGUUGAUAUUGGUCCACGGCUCAGCGCAAGCCACUAGACAUCUUGCUCAGCACUGCUAUGACAAUAAUAUCGCACAGGGUCACAUUUUUGCGCCCUCAGUUGGUGAGACUGUAGACGCCACGGUAGCUUCCCACAUCUACCGAAUACUUUUGAAUGACGAGCUGUUCGAAAGCUUAGAGUUCAUCAAGGUAAAGGACGCUGAUUUGGCUUGGAUAGAUGCCCAAAUCACUGCGCGUCCUUCUGAAGUUGGGGUUGAACCAGAAAAUGGCAUGGAGACUGAAGAGAAAUCAACAGAUGCUCAUCUUUUGGCCGAGCAACACAUAGACAAAUGCAUGUUGAGUGCUCUUAGUGGUGAAGCACCUUUCCGAGAUGUUGUUUAUGUGAAUGAUCCAAAGUUAUCCGAAAUGAAGCAGUUCUUGCUCAAUAUGGGCUUCUCAGCAGAAUUUUCUUCAGGAGUUUUGUAUAUAGGAGGUGUGAUCUCAAUCCGUCGUAAUGAAGCUGGAAGAUUCCACAUCGAAGGUUGCGUUGGACCUUUAUAUCUCAAGUUGCGUGAUAUCAUUUUGGAACAGUUCAUGGUACUUUAAAAUUCAUUGAAUGUUUGUAAAUAUUUCCUUAGUCGUAGUCAAAUGUUUCCGAUUGUUAUUGUUGUUACUGUAACUGUGUUGCUGUUCGUGCAAGAUGGGUAUGUGUUUCUUGAGGUUCUUGUAAGAAUCUUUAUUUACAUAUUUUGAGGUUAUACGUAAAUGUACAGAAAAUAUAGAAUUGAUACAAAUUUGGCAGUAACAGGCAUAUAAUUUGAUGAACAUGGUAUACAUAUGGAAUCAGAAGUAGCAGAUCAGUUGGUUAGCGAAUAAAC